AUGCCUAAUACUCAAAAUGGUCAAUUUCGGAUUAUUAAGAAGUGUGCUAAAGCGUGUAAGCGAUGUCGGUCUAUGAAGGUCAAGUGUUCGGGGGCGCAGCCUUGUUUGAGGUGUGGACGGAAGAAUGAGAGAUGCAUAUACGAGGCGGAGGAGAAGAAGGUAUCAGUGCCUGAGAGCUACCUACGUGCCUUGGAGAGACGACAAGAUGGACUUCCAUCGCCAGCGUCUUUUGGAGAUAGCACCAGGCCACGUCCAAGGCACUCUUCUGUUUCUGACUAUGGUAUCUCUGGGGUCGUCACACGAGAUGCAUCAAUGGUUGCAGAUGGAGUAUCUCAAGACCUAACUCUUGGAACACCUCAAGAAAAUGACGGAAACGACGAAACAGAUGAAGCCGGAUCUCUAUGCACAAAUGACGUCCUCGAACCUGCAUUCCGACAGAACCCCCUCGUCGACAACGACUAUGUCUUUGGCCAAGCCAUGGGUCGAUACUGGUACAUGGGUCCCGCGUCAUCAUGGGCCUUCUGCAGAAGAGUCCUAGCCCUUGUAGGCAAGCAUCUUCCCGAAGCAAACAACGAGCCUCCACCCUGGCACCUCGACGGAGUGGCCUUCCGACUACAGUGGAGACCACUCAUGCCAGAUGAGCAGCCAGACAUCUCCAACCUACCCCCGUCAGACUAUGCAUAUUUCCUCAUUCAGACUGCGAGGUUCUAUCUUGGUCCUUUGGCGAGUUUAAUAGAUGAGGCUGAGUUUCUUCAGCAUUUUAAAGAGUUGUAUCAAGAUGCUUCUGCGAAAGCUGCGUCGUGUAAACUGUGGUAUGCACAGUAUUUACUCAUGAUAGCUUUUGGUAAGGCUUUCUUGGGUGGGAAAAGUGCUGAUGGAAGCCCGCCGGGGUAUCAAUACGCUGCACGGGCGAUGCCAUUGAUGCCAGAGCUGGCUGGUAUUGCCCUAGAUCCGGUUCUUUCUGCGCAGGCACUCACGCUGGCAGCCAUAUACUUUCAGUCGGUUGAUAUGAGAGUGGCAGCGUAUCAACAUAUCGGACAAGCUCUUCGUAUAUGCGUGUUGUCGGGAUUUCACAGACAUAUGCCGGAAGAAGCUGUUGGGGCACAGCACUCCAAGCGCUGCCACAUCAUAUUCUGGGUAGUCUACAUGCUGGAUCAAGAGUUCGCUGCACUGAUUGGUGCAACAAGUGCGAUCAGAGACGAAGAUAUCACUAACAAGCUGCCUUCUCAGGCGGACAACUCAUUGAGCUCUCUCAGUUUGACUCUUCAUGUUCAGCUAGCACGGCUGAUAGCACGGCUCCUUGGAACGGUAUAUGGAGUUGGUAGAGAUUAUGAUGGCACCCUUUUUAGUAACACGCAGUCUAUCCUGAGGAACCUGGCGGAGCUUAACCGGGAUCUGAACAACAUCAUCAACAAUCAUUUCCGAGACUCGAUUAGCAAAGCGUCACGGAUUGCAACAAGACUUCUGCUCCAAUAUCACCAUUCAAAGACACAACUCAUGACCCAUGGCUUAUCACUAUCUCCACCAGUGGCUUCACUGAUACAGUCAUGUGUCAGCUCAGCACAGGCAAUUCUGAAGACUCUCCGUGCCUUGGCAGACGAAGACCUCAUCGAAGCCUUUCUGCCUUUCCAAAUUGAGUAUGCCUCCUCAUCAGCAUUUCUCCUCCACCUCAUUCCCAUUAUCUGUCCAUCUCUUCUCUCAGAUGAUUCAUGGCGCGAUGAUGCUCGCCACGUCUUUGAUACCCUGAUCGCCAAAGGUAGUCUCAUAGCUCCUCUGCGCAAAGUAGAACUUGAGCAGUUAGAGCAAAAGCUAUCGGCUUUGACGCCAGCUAGUAAUAUCGCAACGCCAGAAAUACCGACCCAGGUGGAAGAGCAUGCCACCGUUCAGGAAGAGGAGAACGGGGAACCAGAGAUACACGAGCCUGUCCCAGAUGAAACAGGAUGGGAUCUCUUUGCGGCUAAUGCCAUGGCUGGGUUGACGCCAGGCGAGCUGUUGGACCUGGCAGAACAGCUAGAUGUGGAUAGUUUCUUAUAUCAGCCCGAGAUGUAG